AUGCAUCAGGCUCUGCAGCAGCAGCAGCAGCAGCAGCAAAAGAAGCAAAAGCAGGAGGAGGGUGAUCAUGACGAAGAUGAGAUAGAUUGCUGCAGCAGCAGCAGCACAGCAGCAGAAGGGCCUCUUGAUGCUAUGCUGCAGCAGGAGCCUCCUAUCUCUCUUAACUAUUUAUGUGAUUUGCUGCAGCAGCAACUGCAGCAGGAGGAGACAGCAGACACAUUAGUUGAAUUAGAUGCUGUACCUACAGAGGCACAAUACCAGCAAGAGCAGCAGCAGCAGCAGCAAAAGAUGCAGCAGCAGCUACAGCAGCAGCAGCAGGUGUUGCUUCCUCAGACAUUCACACCUGCUGCUACUGCAGCAGGAGGACGUGGUGCAGCAGUUGCUGCAGCAGCAGCAGCAGCAACAGCAGCAGCAGAGAAAGAAACCCGCUUAUUAGAAAUAGUACAUCUGCUUGCAAGCAGCGAAGCAGCAACAGCAGCAGCAGGAGAAGUUGCAGCAGCUGCUGCAGCAGCAGCAGCAGCAAAAAGUUUGCUGCUGCAUGUCUCCUCUGGCCCACAACUUCUUACAGAGGAGGAAGCAGAAUAUGGCGCUGAGGCCACAUUGCAUGUAUUUGCUGCUGCUGCUGCAGCAGCAGCAGCAGGUGCUGCUGCUGCAGUUCCUGUAGUUGUGCUGCUAGAGCUGCAGGUAACAAAUACACUGCAGCAGCAAACUCUUGCUGCUGUUGCUCCCUCUCUCUUCUUAGAGGGGUCUCCUUGGCAGCUAGCUGCUUCCCUUACUAUACCUCAGCUAGCAGCAGGGGACAGCAGCAGCAGCUACGGUUUGCUGCUGCCUGCUGCUCCUGCUGCAGCAGCUGCAGCAGCAGCAGCAGCAGCAGCAGUAAGAAAAUGUAUAUCUAUUCCUUGCGGCCUAUCCUUCAUGAUUAAGGAAGAAGAAGAUGACGAAGGAAUUGAUGAUGAAUAUCCCCUCGAGCCUCUCUCUAUUACACCUGCACAAUUUAUACGUAAACCCUAA